ACGUCCGUCACCCCUCAUCUCCCCCUACUUCCCUUUCACCGCCAACCUGGCAUACUCAUACUUCUCGAUUACUAUCUCUCUACCACAACUCCAACCACAACUCACUGGACUAUACUACUCUGAAUCAACGCUUACCCACUGCAGCCUCACAACCACACAAAACGAAGCCCACACCCACACCCACACCCACACCCAAACUGAAACCCCACAGCCCAACACCAACGCAACCCAACAACCCCCUUCCAAAGUUCAUCACCAACCUCACACCUCCACCCUCCACCAACCCCCCUGCCCCCAAAAUGAACAUCCUCCACUCCACCCUAAGCACCUGGCGCGACCGUCUGGCCCCUAUUUCCCGCACCUCGACCUUCCGCACGACCGGCCAGAUCACCCCCGAAGAGUUCGUGCUGGCCGGCGACUACCUGGUCUACAAGUUCCCGUCGUGGGCGUGGGCGGACGCCUCCUCGCCGGCGAAGCGCGUCUCGUACCUACCAGCCGGCAAACAGUUCCUGGUGACGCGGGGCGUGCCGUGCCACCGACGGUUGAACGAUGAUUUCGCGGGGGAUGCCGGGCGGGAGGAGGAGAUUGUUCGGGAUAUGCUUUUCGGGGAUGGGGAUGAUGCAGAUGCCGCCGGUGAUGGUGAUGAGGAGGAGGGGUGGUUGCGGACUGGUGGGGGCUCCAACUCAACACCAGCCCAGGGAGCUAGUGCUGCCGGGGGAAGGAUAGGGGAUAUCCGCACCGUCGACGAGGCGGGGAACGUGGCUGACCGUGCCGAUCAAGAGGAAGCCGAAGAAGAGGAAGAAGAGAUCCCCGACAUGGAGGAUGAGGAUGACGACGAGGAGGCGAUUAUCCGCGAGCCCGUGGGGAAGAGUUCGGGGCUUUCGACACCAACAAGAACCUACAAUCUCUACAUCACCUACAGCAACUUCUACCGCACCCCGCGCCUCUACCUCUCGGGCUACCUCUCGCCCUCAGAACCGCUCCCGCCCCCGCUCAUGAUGGAGGACAUCGUCGGCGACUACAAGGACAAGACCGUCACGCUCGAAGAUUUCCCCUGGUUUGAUGGCAACGUCAAGAUGGCCACCGUGCACCCCUGCCGCCACGCCUCGGUCAUGAAGACCCUCCUGGACCGCGCGGACGCCGCGCUGAAGAUCCGGCGCGAGAAGGUGCGAGCUGCCGCCGCCGCCGCCGCCCAGCAAAAACAGCCGCAAGAUACCCAGGCGGAAGGGCUGGUCGAUCCCGUGCGCGGGCUUUCCCUGCACGAUGCUACCCUCAAAUCGGAGAGACACGGCGGCGAUGAGUGGGAGGUGCUGCAGCAUGACCACGAUGAAGAAGCAGAGGAAGAAGAGCAGUUUGCCAUCCGGGUGGAUCAGUAUCUGGUGGUGUUUUUGAAGUUCAUUGCCAGUGUGACGCCGGGGAUUGAGCAUGAUUUUACGAUGGGGGUUUGAAAGUUUGGGUGCGUCGUUUUUUUUGUCUUGUUUUGCGUGUGUGUUGUUGUUGUUGUUGAGUUCGGGUAGGUGUAGUAGGCACUGGGCAUAGGGAGUUGGGUUCCGGCUUGGGCGUUUGCGUUUCUGUUUACAUUUCAUGGUUCCUUUACUUCACUUAUCUACUAAAUAACGACCAUUUGCCAACGACCAUUUGCCAACGACCAUUGGCCUUUUUCUCUUUAGUUUCUCUGUUGCUGAAUGUUCUGGUCGCUAAUAUGCCUGCUUACUGCUUGUCAUCUGGAUUCUCUCCAAGGGGGUCGUUUGGGGUCGUUUGGCCUGGGCGAGAUGGGACAACCGUUCGUCUGCUCCCUCAAGCGAUAUGAAUCCCGGCCCUCCACCAAUUCAUCUUCCCUUCAUUUUUCUCCAUCUUCCCUUCCUCGCAAACUGCAAAACUCUACUAGCAAGCGAACGAGCCAUGAAGAAUCCGACCCACGAUGUAAGCUG